AUGCACAUGGCCCCGUCCACAUAUCGUACAACAGACACUACCACUACAAGUACGUCACCACGCCCUCCACGUCCUUCGUCUCUUCCUGGACCAGAGCUUGGGUCGUACAUAUGGGAUCAAAAAUUGAAUGAUAAAACUGAUCAUUUAUCAUCAAAACACCAGCAAAAGAAAAGUGUUAACGAACAUACAAUGUCCGUAUUACGACGCUGCCAAAACUUGAAUGCCUUCCGAUGCACGCAAUUGGUUUUAUGGCGUCGUCGGUAUUUUGAAGGUAUUUUACGUUGGGAAGCAGCAUUGCGCAUGUUGUUUGUGGCUUUUCCAACGCUCGUGUUCCAGCGUGUUGAGAAUGCACGCACGAUUGUAUCGUUCUUUUUUGUAUAUGUGAUGUUGCAAGCAUUAGCAAUCCUUUGGGGGUUUCUAUUUAAUGUUGGAGCUGUCUUGGGUGAAAAUAUGAGUACAAUCAUUACAAUGCCAUUGAUACAAGCAAUUUGCGUCCUCGUGGUGUACGUAUCAGUGAUGGGCAUUGUUUUGUCAUUCGGACGUGCGACGUGGAUCCUCACGUGGCAGUCACUGCAAAAUUUCCCACUUAUUCGACGCAUUAUUGCCUGCGAAUGUAGUCCACAAGCAGUGAUUUUUACGGUAGCCAUGCCCAUGUUGCUCAUUCUUCCAAGUUUGAUAACGGUGCCUUCACACUGCACUGGCACAGGGUUACAAGAGUCAUCGGCCUUUGUUCACGCCAUGUGUGAAGAAUCUUACCUAAAGCUUUUAACGGACAAGCAUCCGGUGUUUCAGCGUGCGUUGCGUAUCUCUACUGCCAUUGCCAUUUGUCAGUUUAUCCAGCUUUGUUUGGAGAUUUUACCACGGUGGCGUUCAGCGCUUGCAGGACUCAGCACCAUAAAGACUUUUUUUCUUGGCAUAUGGUUGCUAGGAAUGAACUUUUUGGGUGGUUUAUGGACUGUUGAAUGGACUGCGCGGCACUUUGGUUUAAAGAUUACGCCCUUGAGUGACCUGACAAAUUAUCAGUGGGAAAUCUUUGGCAUGGCUUUGCUCGUAGGAUGGAUUAUUUGGUUCUUGGCCAUAACGUGUUUUACAUAUCCCAAUGUGAGCGAGUGUGACUCGAACAAAAAGGCACUUUCAGGUUUCUUUGAGCGACUCAAAUUCACUUUCGCUGUUGGUCAGGGCAUAGUUUUUUUCCGAGCUUGCGUCCAUCCAAACAUGGGAUUUGUGCACGCUCAGCUGGAGCUUACCAUUAUCAAUUUGUUGCUGCCGUCAAUUUACGUGGUAUCUCUCAUCUGUCUUCGAAUGGUAAGCCUGCUAAGCGCCCGUGCGGUGCUCAUCGCCGGUCCUUUGGCCCUCGGAGUUGGCACAAUUAUUUUUGUUGGCUCUAAGAUGACGCAAAAAACUCAUGCUUUUGUUGUGGUGUGUCUGUUCUUCUUUGAUCGCUUUUUGCGCUCCGAGGCGGUUUCAUCCUUGAGCGAAAUGGGCCAGUCUCUUCAGCAAAUGCUGCAAGAUACUUCAUUUGACAAGAAACAUCCAUUAUUGGGCCACAGUGCGGCCAAGAAAUUUGUAUACAUUGCAAUUACUAUCUUGUUGCUAUUUGUAGGAGCGCUUUCGGGAUUCAGUGUUCUCUCUGCCCUCCAGAAGAGCGCAAAGUGGUUCCCGGAUGCUACGUCUGUGGAGUAUAAAGACAACUCGAUCCACAUACAUCACACAGGAGUUGUGAAACUACAUCUUGGUCUUGCAAACAAAACAAAUCCAGCAAUUACAGUUGACGAUCCACUUUACGCAAGCUGCUCCAAUCGCUGGAAUGGACUGAGCUUGAUUGAUUUAGCUUUCUUUGCAGAAGCGGCAUAUUUUGACCCUUUGUCAAAUGACACGACGCAAUUUGUUUCGACGAUUUUUGACAACGAUUUGGGUGCCGUUCACAUUUACUUGCCUGAGUUGAACACGAAAACCGGAUCCAAAUUAGACUUCUUUGAAGCAUAUAUCCCAAAGCUUAACACAAGCGUCAUUUCUGUGCGAGGCACUGAUAUUUGGAGAUUUACGGAUUUUGUUGAGGAUGUGAAAAUGUUUUUCGAACCCGUGGUCUUUUCAGUGUUGUCGUCGAUCUUUCCAACAAUCCGUAUUUGGCCUGACGUCACAUUCUCCACUUUGAUUGAGCUGUAUAGUGAGAUGAUUGGAUUGUUUGGUUUGCAACAUGAAUCGUGGUAUUAUCAAGAGCUGCUGGACUACGUCACCUCUCUCACGGAUCGAAAAGUGGUGCUGACGGGUCAUUCAAUGGGCGGGGGCAUUGCGCGACUUGUUGGCUCGAUUGUCGGGACCAUUUCUGUAACCUUUUCACCACCUGGAUUCGUCCAGAGCUACAGCAAACUGAUCCACCAUAUUGGCGGAACAUCAAUGAAGGUUGACCGAGCAAGCCUGCAUCACCGUAACGUUGCUGUGGUACCCGAAUAUGAUCCGAUUACCAUGAUUGAUGCCCAAGCUGGCAUGAUUCAGAAGAUCUCGUGUGAUACACCACAUUUGUCAAUGCAGCUGUCGUGCCACAUGCUUGAAGGCACAAUCUGUAACUUGGUGGAGCACUGUGGAUCUGCUAGGCGCCGGAUUUCAUCGUGUCUUUUUGAGCACAAUAUUGCUGGAGCGACAGAAGAUAUGAUUCCUAGAGUACUUCCAACAAUCUCCAAGCCCGAGAUUUACGUUCUCGCGGCAGUGACGGUAUCAAUAGCCCUAUCCAUGUUGCUUCGUCGUCAUCGUCGUAAAGUGCGGACGCCGCUAUCGUCACCGUCUCAUUGCAGCAGAAGGACGAGUAGAUCUCCAGUUCGCUAUCUGCAUAGCUCAGGACGUGUACAGGCACCUCAUCCGUCACUGCAUCUCCGGCGUAAAUCCAUUAUUUAG